CGGCACUGACUUGUUUAUAUUUUUACGUGUCCAUUUUUUGAAAUUUCUGCCGGAAAAUGUCUUCAGACGUCUGUGAAACGAUCGAAAAUGACGAGUUCUUUCGUCACUUUUUGAAGGAAGAAUCCAAAAAAGAAGAACUUCUCCUCUCCUUCACGGAACAAAUUUCGAAGCUUUCCGAAGGUUUGGAGCUCAUUUCCAGCGAAUUACAGACCCAAGUAAAGGACCAUCAUGGCUCGUUAUUGAAACAAGCGGCAAAUCAGCGCAAUCUCCACGAGUCUCUGGACAAAAUUUCGUCCCAAAUGGAACUUUUGGAGGCCGCUGGCAGCAAAUUACGCGAAAAAGUCACCUCUCCCCAUCAAAUUUUGGAGAAUCAAACGCGAGUUUUGCGGAAUUUGCAUGAAGCAUCGCAUCUCUUGCGCCAAGUUUCGCGUUUCCUGAAGCUACAUUCGCAAUUAUUUGCCUCAACUGACGAUUUGGCACAGCAGGCGAAGAUUCUGCACGAGCUGGAACCCCUAAUGGACGACGAGGAAUUGAAAAAAAUUACCUUUUUGCAGGAGGAGAGAGCUUCAAUUGUGACAAAAAGACAAAAAUUGCUGCUAAUUAUCAAUCGGGACUUGACAAAUGGCCUGGAAAACAACAAAAUCGAGACAAUUACAACAAAUUUGCAGAUUUUUUCAAACUUACACAUGUUAAAAAGUGUCCUUGAUCAGACCCGGGAGACGUUCAUUGACGACAUCAAGCAUUCCAUUAAGGCAGCAUUCGCCGGAACUGACGUCAAAACCCUCCGAGGCGGCGAGAAAUCCGAUAAAAAUGCCGAAAAACGCGCCGGAAAAGGUCCCGGCAAGACUCCGACGCUGACAACGUCGCAACAUUUCCGCACGAAACUCUGGAACGCCCUCGAAUGGUUGUACGAAGAGGAAAUUUACGAGAUUUUGCAGCAAGUGGCGCUCUUAUCGCGUGCUGUCGAGCACGUAAACACCGAAUUUCAGGACCGGAUCACCGCGGAAGACGUUCGCAAGCAGUUUUGGCAUGACCUGGAAGCGCUUUUGAAGAAAUCUUUCGGGUCGGAGGCCCCGCCGCAUGUCGGGCAGUGCUUGUGUCAUGGACUUCCGAAGCUUUUAUCGUCGGCUCGAAGCUUGGAGCUCAAGUUAAAUGACGAAUUCAAGUUCAGUAAAUCGAUUUUUGGCUUUUUGGAGGCUGGAUACCUGGAAAAAUGUGGUUUGAACUUGAAAGCGUCCAUGAAUGGGGUCGAUCAACCGAACCAGGAAGUGGUUGAUGCGAUGAUUCGGAAUGCCAGUACGGAGCUAAGUGCCGCCAUUGUUGAUGAAAACUUACUUUUACUCGUCAGUAGUGCCGUGAAUGCCUGUAACAAGGACUUUUGGACCAAAACUGAGGCUUUUAUCAAGUUGGGCGCAGAUUCGAAGCAAGUUUUUGACAUUCCCAAUACAGCCCAAGUGCAAAAUCGGGACUUGGCAAACACAAUUCACUACCACCAAGUUGCCACGAUUCAAAUGGUGAACGAUUUGGGACCGAAAUUCGCCACAACAGACGCCGCCAAGAAAAUUAUCGACGGUUUGCAGGUCGGAAGAACGCUAAUUUUGACAAUUUUGCAACAAUUGAUGGAAAGUAUGAAUGCCGCGGUGAAUAUUAUUCUGCUCAGUAUGCAUCGCGAGCCGGGUUUGAACACGCAAAAUAUCGCAACGUCCGGUCCGUCGCUCUACAUGAAGGAAUUGAUCGAUUUUAUCGCCCGAAUUUGGAAUUCUCACAUCGUUCCGUUCAGCGACAAGCUUUCCGUGGAUCAAUGUGGUCGGGAACUCGCCAAAAAUUGCAUCGAUUUGUUCAUAACGAAUAUUGCCGUUGUUCGUCCCUUGUCGAAUGCCGGCAGACAGCGACUUAAGAACGAUUGCGCUCAUUUGGAGAAAGCCCUGAAGCCAGUAACGCCGGAUUUGGCGAUUUUAGGAAAGCAAUUCCGACUUUUGCGGUCGAUUUCUUACAUGAUUACGCAAACGCCGGAAAAUUUGAUCCAAAAUACCGCAGAAGAGGGAAUUGUGAGUCCGUAUUUGGUACUUUUCUUGCUUUUUGGACAUGCGAAGCAACAAGAACUGGCGAGCCCGCAUCAAGCUGCCGAUUGGAGCAAUGAGAGACUCAUCCAGUGGCUCGAUGGACACACGAAUGACAAGGAAAGGCUCGAUUUGAUCUAUGGGGCGUUGCAAAAAUAUCGACUUGUGGUGCAAAAGAAGAAUAUAGCGACUUACGAUCCAGUUUAUCCGAUCAUUAUGUCGUACUUUGAGAAAGUCGUGAAAUAAUUUGAAUUUUUUUUUUGUAUUGUAUAGUAUAGGCCUUUAUUGUUUACAGUUACAACAAAAUUUAUUUGGGCGAAAAUUGUCGAAAAUGUUU